CAGAUCCACGCUGGAAAGGAUGGGGUGUGGGCAAAUGACCUUGCAGGUCCCUGGGCUUAGCCCCAAAUCGCGGUGAGGGCUCAGGUGAGCCCCAGCCCCGUUCCUUGCUCUCUCCCCAGGCUUCGGGGGGCCAUCGCGGGCCCCGCGUCACCCUCCGGCCUGCGCAGAAUGACCGUCCACGCCGCGGCCCCGCUGUGGGGCCCCCCGGGGCUGCUCCUGAUGGUCGCCCUGCACCCCGCGCUCUGCCUGCGCCCGGCCAGGGACUACUGCGUCCUGGGCGCGGGGCCCGCGGGCCUGCAGAUGGGCUACUUCCUGCAGCGCGCGGGCAGGGACUACGUGGUCUUCGACCGCGCCCCGGGGCCCGGCAGCUUCUUCACGCGCUACCCCCGGCACCGCAAGCUCAUCAGCAUCAACAAGCUGUACACCGGCAAGGCCAACGCCGAGUUCAACCUGCGCCACGACUGGAACUCUCUGCUCAGCCACGACCCCGGGCUGCUCUUCAGGCACUACUCCAGGGCCUACUUCCCCGACGCCCGCGACAUGGUGCGCUACCUGGGCGACUUCGCAGACAGGCUGGGGCUGCGCGUGCUGUACAACACCACCAUUGCCCACGUCACUCUGGACAAGGACCCGCAGGCCUGGAAUGGCCAUUACUUCAUCCUGACCGAUCAGAAGGGCCAGGUGUACCGGUGCAGCGUCCUUCUUGUCGCCACCGGACUGUCAGUCCCCAACCAGGUUGACUUCCCCGGCUCCGAGUACACGGAGGGGUACGAGUCGGUGUCCGUGGACCCCAGGGACUUUGCCGGCCAGAACGUGCUGAUCCUGGGCCGAGGGAACUCGGCCUUCGAGACGGCCGAGAACAUUCUGGGCGUCACCAACUUCAUCCACAUGCUGAGCCGCUCCCGUGUCCGGCUCUCCUGGGCCACACACUACGUGGGAGACCUCAGGGCCAUCAACAACGGCCUGCUGGACACCUACCAGCUGAAGUCCCUGGACGGGCUGCUGGAGUCUGACAUGAUGGAUCUGGCCCUCGUGAAGGACCGAGAGGGCAAGCUCCACAUCACCCUCAAGUUCUUCCUGGAGGAGGCCAACCAGAGUGCCGACGCCGUCACCCUCCCGCAGGACGACAGCGACAACUUUGCCAUGCGUGUGGCCUACGACCGCGUCAUCCGCUGCCUGGGCUGGAACUUCGACUUCUCCAUCUUCAACAAGUCCCUCAGACUGUCUUCAGGGGGCGAGUUCAGCAAGAAGUACCCACUGGUCAGAGCUAACUAUGAGUCCAAAGGAAGCCGGGGCCUCUUUGUCCUGGGGACCGCCAGCCACUCCGUGGAUUAUCGGAAAUCUGCUGGGGGCUUCAUCCACGGAUUCCGAUACACAGUGCGUGCUGUUCACCGGCUGCUGGAGCAUCGCCACCACGGCGUGGCCUGGCCCUCCACCAGGCACCCCAUCAUGCAGCUGACCAGCGCCAUCAUCCGGCGCGUGAACGAGGCUUCUGGGCUCUACCAGAUGUUCAGCGUGCUGGCCGACAUCGUCCUGUUGAAGGAGAACGCCACUGCAUUCGAGUACCUGGAGGAGUUCCCCGUGCAGAUGCUGGCCCAGCUGGAGACAGUCACGGGGCGGCAGGCCCGCCACGGGCUUUUUGUCAUCACCAUGGAGUACGGCAGAAACUUCUCUGGGCCUGACAAGGACGUCUUUUUUUAUGACCGGUCUGUGGGACACAUGAAGGACGCCUGGCAGUCCAACUUCCUCCACCCGGUCAUCUACUACUACCGGCACCUCCCCACCGAGCAGGAGGUGAGGUUCCGCCCCGCGCACUGGCCACUGCCCCGGCCCACGGCCAUCCACCACAUCGUGGAGGAUUUCCUCACAGACUGGACCGCCCCGGUGGGGCACAUCCUGCCUCUGAGGCGCUUCCUGGAGAAUUGUUUGGACACUGAUCUGCGAAGCUUCUACGCAGAGUCCUGCUUCCACUUCGCCCUGACACACCAGAAACUGCCGCCCUUUUGCCAGCAGGGCUACCUGAGCAGACAGGGGCUGGUGGGAACCGAGCGGCUCCGGCAGCUGGGAGAGGAGAGUGGGCUCCUGCGGGCUUCCACCGCUGCGGGCCGGCGCCCCGGGGACAGCAGACAGCAGCCUGGCCACCCUGAGCCAGUCGAUCAGCCCCCGACUCCAGUGCCUCUGGCCCAGCUCCAGGACAGCAACAAGGAGGAGCUGUGACGGGCAGGCUUCGCCCCACAGCCCCCCACCCACAGUGACGUGAUUGCCAAAGACACAGGGACCACCGCAGUGCACGGAGCCCCAUGGAGGGCACACGGGGCCCGAGGUGGUGCGGCUGCCCGGCCUCCCUCCCCUCCUGGUCAGUGCGGGUGCCCAGAGGCGGGGUCUGGAGAGGAGCACCCUCCGCCAGGUGGGAACACCCUCCACACCAGGCUUGUCUGCAAGUGAGCGGAGGGCGGCCUGGGCUCCGGGUCCUCAGGGCCCCGAGGCUCCUCCUUCCGUCUGCUCUUCCGAUGAAGCCGGUGUAGCCCUCCGGGACGUCUCACUGGGAAGCCCAGUCUCACCUCCAUGAGGGGCCGGCGUACACCUUCAAAUAAUCAGGCUCCAAGUGGCCUCAGCCGUGUGAGGCAGGUGGGACGGUGGCCCCUGGUGAAGACACCCCCUUAGAGAGGUAGGGUGACCCCAGGGUCUCCAACCACCAGUCUCUGCAGGUAGCCCUAAAGCCUGCUGUCAGUAACCCACCACCCGGCCCGCCCUCCCCCGCCUGUUUCCAGAAUGCAGGGGUCAGCCUGGCUUAUCACCCAGGGUCUCAGAGCAGCACAGUUCCCAGCCGCCCUCUGCAAGCCCACGCCCCCGAAUCUUCCCCGUUUUCUCUUCCUUCAUCCUCCCAACACCCUGCUUCGGCUGCGGGGUCAAGGUUUGCAGAAGGUCUCCAUGCAGUCUCCAGCUGGGCUUUCAGGGGUGCCCCCCCCACCCCCCGGCUAUGUUGCAGAGCAGCUCAGCUCUGGGGCAUCUGGGAGGUCAGUGCACAUGAUGCGUGAGAACCACGGUGAGUUCAGCAUCCAGUCCCCGCCGCGGUCUGGCUCACCUUCCCCCUCCCCGCAGGCAUUAAGCUGUGGGGAAACUCAGCUGUAGGAAUUAAUCAUCUGAUUUUUCAAAGCCCAGGAUCAAAGGUGAGUGCUGUCUCACUGGCUCUUGCUGGUCUUUCUUUUGUCCACUCAGCACUCGCAGCACCCAGGGGCUUCUGGAUCCAUAGCCCUUUCCGGAAGCAUCCUCUCCCUCUCUCAGUGAGGCCCACAGUCCCUCCUCCCAAGCCCAUGGUCUGCGGAGCCGGCUCCCUCUGGUCCCUCACAGUCGCCGCAUGCCAGCCCAGCAGCCCGCACCUGUCGGGGAGGGUCUGUCGCGUGACCACGUCGUUUGUUCAGGUUGAAACUUCUACACGGACGUUCUCUCCUGGGUCCUGGUGCUGGAUUCUCACAGGUUACAGGUCAUUCUAAAUUGAGAAUUUGGAAAAUUCCACCUGCACCUAAACCCUUUUAGAAAAUGAAUCUUUCAACUGAGAUUGCACUCAUGACAUCAUUUUACACACUUGUUGCCUGCCCAGCUACCAAAGGCUAGGCUAGCUGAGCCUCUUGCUCCAGUGGAAGUUCGAGGUGCCGUAACAGGUCCUUUACUGGCCUGAAAUGUGCCAUCCGCCACAUCGUUAAUUCAGAGGAUCAGCCGGCGGCACUGAAGGCAAGCGUCUGUUCCCACUCAGCGGUGAGAGACAGCUGCCCAGGUGGUCUUCUCUAAACUAGGAGUUGGCAUCAAAUAGGGAGCUGCUUUUUUUCCUGUGAAGUUCUUCGCUGCCUUUGCAGGAGAGCCGACUUAGAUACUACCCACCCCACCUCCCCCACCACCAUAUCCCCUCCACCCACCCUCGCUCAAACCCUGGCCCCUGCCCCAGCUUCAGGCUGGCCACCUUGGGCAAGUCUGCUGGUUGUGGGAGUUCACAUUUUCUACUUUAUUGCCUUGUUCCUUUUUUUUUUUGCUCAAAUCUGGACAGCCCUUGAGCACAUCUUUUCUAACUGGACCAAGUUCCCCUUCCAGCUGAGGCCUGACUUCAUUAAAUCCUUUUUUAAAAUAUUAUAAAGUUGCUGGUGCAAGAUAGGCAAAUAGGCAAGAUAGGCAAAUCAGUGAAAUUGCAGGCCAGAACUGAACCCUGUUCUAAGUGAGGAGGGGAUUUGAAAAAAAAUCACAAACCAGAACAGGUUGUGCAGGGCCAUGCAGUUAAUGUUGGACCAACUGGUUAGUAAUUUAGAAAUGAAAAUGAAUCCCUUAGGCCCCUAGUUCACACUACAAAUCAACUCCAGAUGAGUUUUUUUAAGCCAUCUAGAAACUGAAGAUGAAGGGAGGAACUGCAAUAAAAGGAAAAACUUUCCCCAAGUUCGGAAGCAGCAGUAAUUUUCCAGAUGAAGGUUUAACAUCUGUAAAUACACCCACCUAACCCCUCCUUAAGGUGACAAAUGGUGGCAAUUUUGAAGAAAAUGAUAAAAAUUAAAAGGCAGCGUAGCAUGGAUGAAAAUAAUGAAUCAGAAUGCAACACACAAAAAUAAGUGAACAAAUGUGUUUGCAUCCUGAAGAGCUGAUUGAAGUAGAGAAAGGAAUAGUUGAGGAAACUGUGGCUCAUUCAUCCAGCGGAAUCCUGCACCGCUCCUAACAACUAAAAAGUGUGAAAGACCAUGGACCAGAAAUGCACGUGUGAUGAAGUGAAAAGCAGGAUAUGAAAUUGUGGUUGCAACCACUUGUCGCUGUGUCACUGAAACGAUAGGAAGGAAAUAAUGUCCUCAGUGGUUGGAUUCCGUUUGUGGAAGUGAUUUUUUUUUUUUCACUUUUUGUCCAAAUUUGUGAUUAUGCUCAAUAGUGAAAUA